AGAACACUGCAAGGACGAAGAUUCUGCCGGGGAAGUGACAUUGGGUCACCGCUGAUGGAUUUCCUCGCACUCUUCGCUGGUUUGUCGGCGUUUACAGCCGCAGUGCUUGAAACUGACCGCGACUUGGAAGGAAGGUUCGAAGGCCAGUUAUCAUUGUUUGGCGUACGCUUGCCAAACCUCAGGAAGGAGAUGAUGCUCUCCAAAAGGUCAAGCGUCAACGCAUCGGUGAUGGGUGAGUCGAGAAAUGAGAGCUCGUGUGAUCUCAACUCGAUGAUAUCCGAUGAUCACGGAGAUCGUAUAACAACAGUACGUCGUGUGUCAUCUUUUUCUUCUUCCUUCUUUCUUUUUCUUAUCCUUCAGUGAUCUGAUGCAUACAUAUUGACUAACCUCGAUGGGAGGUCAACGCGAGCAGAAACAUGUGUUGUUGAGUACUUUUUGAUUGCAUCGAAAGUGUUUGUAGUGAUACUAUACAUAUUAUUUUUUAUUGAUAUUCACAUAUUUUUUUUAUUUUUUUAUUACGAUUUUUUUUAUUUGAACAGGUCAAUUUUAGUCAACGAUUUAUUUCAAUUUUUAAAGAUGAUUUCUAAAAAAAUGUCUCUUUUUUUUUUUAGCUUUUCGGAUGUCUCAUAUUUUAAUUUUCUCAUUUAGUUUUUUUUCAAAUAUCAUAAAUAUAUGUCAUCAUCAUCUUUUUCUUCUUUCAUUGUAGUGAUGAUGAACGUAAGACAUGAUUUUAUGAUGAUAUGGUUAUAGCUGGACGAAGAAAAUCACGAACUCAUGAAAGGAAAGAAGAUGGUAAUAUAAUUAAAAUGAUGGUGAUACGACGAGAAGAGAUAUUUAAGAUAUUAGAGAAAUAAAAUAAAAUUAAAUUAAAAUUAAAUACUUAAAAUAAGUUUUUUAUGAGAAAAACUUAAAAUGAGUUUUUUUUUUAAUCAAAGAAAUCGUCCAAUUUUAUUUAAAUUUCAGUAAAAUAUUUCAAGAACGAAAAACUGAAAAUAUAAGCCAAUAUUUUUCCGGUCUCUUCGUUCGUUCCAUUUGGCUCCCCAACGCCGUCUCGUAUCGCUCACCACCGACCUCGAUCGAUCCCGAGUCUCUUCUCCUUGAUCGCUCCAGUAAUCCCCACCCCCCGACUCCAGCGAGAUCUUCGCCGCGUCUCGAUACUCCGGCCUUGAUUAUGGAUGCAGCAGGGCCGUCGUCGAAGAGGGUGAUUAUGUAUCGGGAGUGGGAAAGAAGGCUGGAAGAUGUCAGGAUUAGGGACGCGGACGUGAACAAGCUCGUGAUGAACUAUCUCGUCACCGAAGGCUACGCUGAGGCCGCGGAGAAGUUCCAGAUUGAGUCCGGCACCGAACCCGAUAUUGAUCUUGCUACUGUAUUUGAACGCCGGGCGGUGCUAAGGGCUGUGGAAUCUUGCUAUCGGAAGGAGGCGAUUGAGAAACUCAAUAGGUUGGACCCUAUGAUACUUGUCAUGAACCGCCAAAUUGACUUCCGUCUUCAACAUCAGAGGAUGAUUGAGAUGAUUCAUGCUGGAGAAAUGGAAAUGGCUCUGCUAUAUGCUGUAAAUGAGAUUUUACCAGGGAUUGAGAAUAAUAUAGAUUUUCUAAAGGAGUUCAUACGGACAACAACCCUUUUCCCGCUCCUAGGUCCGUCGCAACGUUUGAAACUUGUGAGCCAGGUUAAUGCUGCCAUACUAACAAGUCAAAAUCAUGAGAAAGAACCAAAGCUUCCUACCCUGCUGAAGAUGCUGAUAUGCAUUCAAAACGAACUGGAUGAGAAUGCUGCUUUUCCACUAGUCUGUGACUUGAUGACGACUGAACUUCCAGAUACUGCUUGUCCAUAUCAUCUGUCGUUUUAACCAGGCUUAUUUCUCUGGUGCUCCUGUAUCAAUAUAACAAAGUCAUAGAAAACAGCUUCAUCAGAUGCUGGAAUCUGGACGCUACAUGCACUUGGUGAAUUUGAUUUUGCUCAUCGAGAUUUACAUGUAGGGAUGUAGUGUUGAAACCACAUUUUUCACUGUUGUUCUGCCAGUUCGGCUAUGUGCCUGCUAGAGAUGGUAAUAUCAACAAGUUUCUGAUGGAAAA